AGUCGAGCCAGGUGCCCACAUUCACAGAGCGAUAGGCAAGCCGAGCGGUUCGAGCAGCAGCCAACAGAGUCCGGAAAGAUGUCCAUGCAGCCAGCCAGCCAGACAGGAGACAACGAGUUUAGAACGCGACAGUGUCCGAGACCGAGUCCUGGCUAUCGUCUGGCCACAAGCAGCGGCAGCAGACACUGGAUUAUGGGCUUGUUAUUGGUCCACACAAUUAUGUCUCUCAUGGUAGUCAAGGUCGCCUCCACAGCAGCUCUGUAUCAGCACCAGCAACAACAAGCACUGCAGCCACUCAACGACAUUGAGUCCACAGCAGAGACAACAACACCCAGCGACAGCGAGACCCAGAACCUGGGCCUGAACCAGAGCCAGAGUCAGAGUCAGAGCCAAAGCAGCAGCGACAUCGAGAAGAUGCGUGCCAAGUUACAGCAGCUGCAGCAUGAGCAGCAGCAAGAGUAUCUGCGGCAACAGCAGCAGCAGCAGCAGUUGCAGCUGCACCUCCAGCAGAUGCAUGCGACGGGCGCUGCUGGCGAAACCGCCUACUUAUUGGAGCGUGCCGAUCACGCCCCACCCGCCCCGGCGCACAUCUACGGAACAUGGCGCACGAAAGCGAGACGAGCACCGCCUCAGCACGCCAUCUCGGGGAACGAUGUUGACGAUGGACAUGUCUAUGAGCGCCUGCCCAAGCGAUCAGCCACCAUGACACCUCUGCGUGGCUUGCUGCGCGAUCAGAUGCCACGUCCGCCACGUCUCGCCACCCAGGACACGCACACGCACACGCACCCGCAGCAGCCGCAGCCGCAGGUGUCGGGCGGCUCUCCACCGCAGCCGCCCACAACGACGCUGCUGAGGCGCCACUACUCCGAGACGCCGGGCACUCUGGCCAGGCGGGAGGACUUCAAGCCGAAACCCUUUCACUUUCCCUACGACGGUCCACUGCCCGAGCAGUUCACCAAGGGCGAGGCGGAGCGGGAGCAGCGUCCGCGGCCGGAGCUGAACAACAUCCAGGACAUCCUGCAGCAUCUGCACAUCAAUGGGCUGGGUCCCAGCAAGCUGCCACCGAUGGUGAUGAUGCCCACGGGCCUCCACAUAGCGGGCAGCUUCAAGAACCUAAAGAGCAGCGGCAUCGGGAAUUUCUUCCGCGGCAAGCGGAACAAGAAGCAGAUGCAGUUCAGCAUCCCCUUGCCCAUGUCCAUGGGUCACAUGCCAAUGCCCAUGGCCAUGUCCAUGUCCAUGCCGAUGUCCAUGCCCAUGCCAAUGCCCAUGCAGUGGUACGGCCCCGGAGUGAUGCCCCAUCAGCGCGUGGCCAUUGAUCAGCUGUACCCGUUCAAGCCACGCUCCCCGCAGGACAUCAAUCUGCUGGCCAUGCAGCAGCAGCAGCUGGCGCCCAGCAAGAAUGUGUCCAAGAAGAAGAACAAGAAAAAGCAACAGCAGCAACAACCACAACAGUUGGCUCAGACUAAUCACAAUCUGUUGCUGGAGCACGGCAGCCAGCAGCAUUACGUUGCCGAUCCUUUUGGGCAGCACUUGCCACAGCCAGUUCUGGCCCUGAAUGCCACACGACAGCCGCAGCAGCAUAAGCGCAUUCCCUUCAAGCUCAAUCUGGACAUUUAUCCGGUGAUGCCGCCAUCGAGACCCGCCUCCGUGCUGCGCAAUCCUUUCCAGCCAGAGUACGCAAUGCCUUCGCCGUCCGCAUUGACUGGAACGACGGCAGCCGCCUAUCAGCAUCUGGGGCAUGGCAUCUACCAGACGCCAUUCAAAUUCCCCACACAAGCGCCCCAUCCAGGCCACAUGCAGAUCAACUUUCCAGACCACGCGGGGCGAUUCAGCCAGCAGCAGGCGCUCUAUCAGUCGCAGGCACUCAAAUUUCCGCCACCCAAGAGCGUGCAUCCCGAUGAGGCCAUCUAUGGCAAUGCUCCGGGACAGGGACAGACGUUGGAGUCGCAGACGAUAGAGUCACAGACGAGUCCCAUUAUGCUCCAUCUGAAUGUGUUUCCCAAGCAAAAGCCCACGGCAACAAUACGCGCAUCCACGAAUCCAUUCUACAACCACAACUUGCAUCGGAACACGAUCAACUCGAGUGAUUUGCCGCCACCCAAUCCCCCGAGCCCCAUCGAGCCGCGUCAAGCAGGCAAUGGCUCUGCAACACCAGCAGUUGCUCAUCCGCAACAUCAUAACCAUCAGCAGCAACAGCAACAGCAGACGUCACAGCAAAUAUCUCUCAAUCAAACACUGCAACAGCAGCAGCAACCGCAAGUGAAUCGCUCCAGUUCGAUCUCACGCAGCGACCAUCUGCCUCUCAUCGACUUUGAGCAUCCAAUUGUGGCCGCCGAGAUGCCAGAGGCAGCCUCCCUGGCCAGCUUCCGUACCGAUCAUCGCCACCACAGGGCACAGACGCAUCAGCAACUUCACCAUCAUCAUCCAGUGGAUGAUCAUUUUCGCUACCAGAAGAGCGCCAAUAUCGAGCAACUGGCAGCCGAGGCACAGACAGCAUCGCUCUUUCGCUUUCCCGUCGAGGAUCUGAUACAGUUUCACGUGGAUGAUGCACUCUGACUCUAAAUAGUAGCUGUA